GAGACUUCCAACCGUUCGGUCGUGUUUUGGCGGGCCUCGCGUGUGUUCGAACGCACUUGUGUUUGUGUACUGUACGUGUACUGGUGUUUGGAUAGUGGCUGUGUAUCACAACAAGAAAAGCCACCAACGUAACAAGAGAAAAGAACAGGAGAACAUUUAUUCCUACCGCGAACCACAAACGAGCAUGAAACCAGUGACCACCAUCUCGCGUGCUAAUCGUUUGCGCCAAAAGUAAUUAGUGAAAAACAAUCGCCCAACAAUACGGGUCGUUAUCAGUGGUCAGUGUUCCCCUGCCCAGCCAUGCAAUCACGCGUUAAGCUCACGCUGGUGGUGGCCGUCGUCGUCCUCGGGACUAGCCUGCUGCUGCUGCACUCCUGUGCCCACGCAUCAACCGACUCCGGGCUGCCCGAUUUCGAGCUAGACGAUGGUAAGGAUGAGGCGGACGAUGAGUACUACUACGUGAGCGAUGGUACCGAUCAGCAGAUGCAACCGUCGCACAAAAUCAUCAGCUACGCCAAACCGCCACCACCGACCGGCGAUGGUUUGGCGGCCGGUCCGGUACAGGCCGAUCCGGCCGAACCCUUCCUGAUGGAGGACGACGAUACCAGCUUCGAGCUGAUGGACGACGUGGACUUUGUCGAGCCCGGUUCGAUGGACUUCCAGCGCAAGGCGGAGCGCAUGAAGCGGAUCAUGCUGAAGGCGUUCGCCAACCGGGAGUUUCAGCGCAAGUUUGGCGAGGUGUUGCCGCUGCUGAAGGUGAUGUCGAAAACGCAAAAGUCCACCCUGGCCGCACUGAUCACGGCGCAGGUGAAUUCGCGGGAAGGACACACCCUAUCGCUGGAGCAGGUCAAAUCAAUGUUCGGCAACCGACCGGAGCUGAUUCUACCGCUCGUCUACGACAUUGCAAACAUGAUCCGUACCGUGGCCAAGAAGGAGAGUUUACUGCACGACCAGCAGCAUCGGGAGCGACUGGAAGAAGCCGAUAAAGCACUGGUCGAGGAUGAGGGCGUACUGUCCAAUCAUCUGCUACGGCGCAGCUUCAGCAUACGCUCGGAACCACACGGGUUUCGCAUGAACGAUGUCCCACCGGUUCCGGCCGACCUGAACGAUGGACGACUGAUGGUGGACGAACAGGAGCCCGCCAACGUACGCCCUAUUUCAUCGAACACCAGCAACGAAGAGGCUGGCCGGUCAGCCCGCAACGAACCGCAACCGUUCUUCGAAAAGCUCGUACAAUCAUUGCCCCGCUUCAACGUGCAGCAGACGACACACGGAAAACCAGACGACCGAAUGACGUACCACGAGCGAAAGCUUAACAUGACGGCAUUCAACGCUACCGGGACGCAGCGCGAUCAGCUAGCGAUGGCUUCCGACGGUCCAAUCCCCGUCACCCUUCCCAAAGUCUCACCCAAACAGUCCGGAUCGGCCUCGGCCGUAAACACGAUCGGUCCACUAUCAUCGCCGACCACCACUCGCGCCCCGGAAGUCAUCAGCACCGUCACCGAGCGCAAGCUAACCCUGGAGGAGAUCGAAGAUCUUGCCUUUGCCGGACUCAACGGAACGGAAGUCGAUGCGUACGGUGCGUCCGGUACGACCACGCACGGUAACGGCACGUCCAGCAGUGGUGGACCGGUGGCGGAGAAACUCAUCGGUGGCCGUCAGCGACCGCAGGGACUGCACACGCUACAGCCGAACGAAAAGUGUGAAUACUUCUCGGGCGGCGUUUGUAUCCGGGUCGCCAACUAUCCCACCUCCGAGAUCAUGUACAGUAUUACGCGUCACCGGCAUGCCAUCGGUGCCCUGCUGGCCGAGUACAUUGACAAAGCGAGCGCCCAGGACCGUACCGUGUACGAGCCGGAGGAAAUUGCGCAGGGCAUCAACACCAAGCUCAGAAAGCGAGAAGAUGACCCAUCGAAAUCCGGUGGCAGUAUGUGCCCCAGCAUCAUCCGGUACGCCCGUCCCCAGAAGGCACGGUCGGCGACCGGCGAGUGGAAGUACAUCGUCAACACGGGCGAACACACGCAGACGCUACGAUUGGAAAAGUGCAGUACACCGCAAGACUCGUGCACCUAUCUGACGGACAAUUUCCGGUCGCGGUGCGUGCAGAUCUACAAUUACCAUCGCUUGCUGAGCUGGGAUGCGGCCCGGGGGCUGCACGUCGACAUCUUCAAAGUGCCGACCUGUUGCUCCUGCCACAUCGAUGGGUAUCGGGAAACGUUCCCUCCGCUAACGAGCUACAACGACUUCAAGUCCAAGAUCCAGGAAGAUCCGACCGAGUCAGCGUCGACACUGAUCCGCAACACGCACCAUUACUCGACGCUCCAGUUCGACCAGGUCGAUGAGGACGAGUCGGACGAUAACAUUGCGUACCAGUUCUCGAACGGGUUCCAGCGGGUGAAACCGCCCAAGUACGAAAGUCCUCUGCAUCUACCGGCCGUCCCACCACCUCCCCCACCACCACCAGGACAGGGCAAGACCCGGUUCGAUCGUCCCCCGAAACAUCCGGCCAUCUCGAAACCGAAGCAUCCGCACUUUAUCGCACCUCCAACGCUCGACACCUACCUAAGCCCGCCUCCCAACGAUCUCGCCUACGGUAUCCCGUUUAAGCGUGGACCUCACUACACGACGGAGAACGCUUUGAAGCGGGCGGGAAACGUCGGAGCGCCCAACAGGAGACCGCUGCGAAAGGCGUCAAACGUGCAGCAUGGCGAUCAAAGCAUUGCCGAAACGGAUUCCCGGCUCAAUCAGGUUGCUGUGUUGCCACCGUCGAAGCUGGACCAGCUGCCCCAAACGCAGGCCCAAAACAUCAUCGAGAAGCAUCGCCGUCGGCAACACACUACUCCCCAACCACCGCUUACCACGCUGCAGCAGCAACAGCAGCAACAACAGACGCCCGUCAUCUUCCGUAUAUCGCAACCGGCAACAACAGCGGUUGGCAUCAACCCAACGGUUCCACUGUCCACCAUGCCACAGCCACAACCGCCCAGCACGGUAAGCACCAGCACGACCACCGUCACGUCGACCAACGGACAUCAGCGUAUCAACUACAACUACCAUCCGAUCAUUGACUUCUUCGAGGAGGAAGAAGUGCCGGACGUCACGCAGGAACAGAUUGACCGGAUCGGGCUAAACAGUCACACGUCGCUCAACAGCUGGAAGCCGGUGAUUACCGGCAGGCCACGGUUUCACUGACCGUCUGAUCCCCCCCUCCUUGUCACACCCACACACACACUCGCGCUUCAAAUGAACAAGAGACAAUACUCACUCGAUUUCACGCAAUCAACCCUUUAGAGAUGUAGCUAAUUUAUAACUAAAACCCCUACCGGCUAAGUGUUAAGUGUUAAGCAGCAGGCAGCUAUUCAUUAAGCGAAUCCACCAAGUAGCAGCAGUUUGCGACUGUUCGCCCAACGUUUCGCCCUUUCGAUGAAAUUGUGAAGAUGGAUGUACGAAAAAUAAAAAAAUAAAACGAUUACUUACCAAGCGAUUCGCAGUUGGAAGCGAACCAGAAACUAGUAGUUGCUCGUCACACGAACAAUUCCUGCUCGAUGAGGUAGUACUUCAGGCUUGUUUGUAUCCCCGGAACGGAAGCGAUGCGUUACUUUGACCGAAUGGACAGAAAUAAAAGGUAUCGCUGUGAUUAUGUACGAUGAACGAA